GGCCGGCGCGGACUCGCAGGGCGCAGCACCCCGAAAUACUUCCCACCUGGCUGUCUCGAAGGCGGGGUCCGCACCUUUUCCUCGCCCGCGGGGCCUCAGGUUACAGUCGGCCCCGGCCUGCACGUGACCGGCGGCGGCAUGCGGCGCGCAGCGGCCGAUCACAGGGCGGGGACUGGGCCUGGCGGAAGCCCCGCCCCAUCCCGGGCCAGUUAACUGGCGGCCGCUGCGCUGCCAUCCACUUCGCUGUGCGGCAGUCUGGGUCGGCGGUGUACGCGCGGCUGCGGCCAUGGCCACGGUGCGGGAGAAGGCGGCGGCUCUCAACCUGACGGCUUUCCAGAGUCCCGCGCAGAGGCCUCCCAGGUCCCAUCCAGUAUAUUACAUUACAGUGAAUCCACAUGUCCUUCGGCUCUUCUAGAUUGAGACAAUUUCCCCUUUCGUUUUUAUACGUCUGUUAAUUGCUGGGUUUCAGUGUAGCCCAGAAGCCAUUUGGAGCCACAUACGUAUGGAGCAGCAUUAUAAACACUCUUCAAACACAAGUGGAGGUGAAAAAACGAAGGCAUCAUUUAAAAAGACACAAUGACUGUUUUGUUGGUUCGGAAGCUGUGGAUGUCAUUUUUUCUCACCUAAUUCAGAAUAAAUACUUUGGUGAUGUAGAUAUUCCUCGGGCCAAAGUGGUGAGAGUGUGUCAAGCACUUAUGGACUACAAAGUAUUUGAAGCAGUUCCGACCAAAGUCUUUGGAAAAGACAAAAAACCUACAUUUGAAGAUAGUAGUUGCAGCCUUUAUAGAUUCACAACGAUACCUAACCAAGACAGUCAAUUAGGCAAAGAGAACAAACUGUUUUCACCUUCCAGGUAUGCAGAUGCAUUAUUUAAGUCCUCUGAUAUCAAAUCUGCAAGUUUAGAGGAUCUGUGGGAAAAUCUGAGUUUAAAGCCUGCCGAAUCCCCUCACGUAAAUAUCUCUGCAAACUUGUCUCCACAAGUUGUUAAUGAAGUAUGGCAAGAAGAAACAGUUGGGCGUCUGCUACAACUUAUAGACCUUCCACUCCUUGACUCCCUCCUCAAACGGCAAGAGGUGGUACCUAAAGUUACUCAACCUAAGAGGCAGCCUGACUUGGUCAGCAACAGGAACUAUCUGGAUCGAGGGAUUCUCAAGGCUUACAGUGAAUCUCAGGAAGAUGAGUGGCUUUCUUCAGCAAUUGACUGCUUGGAAUACCUUCCAGACCAGAUGGUUGUAGACAUAAGCAGAAACUUUCCUGAGCAACCAGAUAGAACAGACUUAGUGAAAGAACUUCUGUUUGAUGCCAUUAGCAAAUAUUACAGUAGUAGGGAACCUCUGUUAAAUCACCUAUCUGAUGUUCAUAAUGGAAUUGCAGAACUCCUAGUGAAUGGGAAGACUGAAAUAGCAUUAGAAGCUACUCAGCUCUUUCUAAAGCUUUUGGAUUCCCAAAAUAGAGAAGAAUUUAGAAGACUACUGUAUUUCAUGGCUGUUGCAGCACAUCCUUCUGAAUUGAAAUUACAGAAAGAAAGUGACAACCGAAUGGUUGUGAAAAGGAUAUUCUCAAAAGCUAUUGUUGACAAUAAAAAUUUAUCCAAAGGCAAAACUGAUCUUCUGGUACUCUUUUUAAUGGAUCAUCAAAAAGAUGUUUUUAAGAUUCCUGGAACUCUACAUAAAAUUGUCAGUGUUAAGCUCAUGGACAUUCAGAAGGGGAGAGAUCCAAACAGAGACACAGGAUAUAUUUAUUGCCAGAGAAUUGAUCAAAGUGAUUAUUCUGACCAUACAAGGAAGACAACCAAGGAUGAGCUAAUGAAUUUACUAAAAAAUAUUGAUGAGGAUUCAAAACUUUCUGCCAAAGAGAAGAAAAAAUUGCUAGGUCAGUUCUAUAAGUGUCACCCAGACAUCUUUAUUGAGUAUUUUGGGGACUGAGUGUUCCAGUGUCUGUAUAUAACUUGUGUAUUUUAAGAAUAAAUUAAUGUAUCCUAAAGAUCCAAUCACAUUGUAAUAUUGGAUGUUCUUCUAGAUAUGAA